GGGUUUGGGAACAGUUACGCCCUUACUCUCUGUCUCUGCCUCUGCCUCCACCAUUGUGACUCCUCCUGCAGGCUGCAGCAAGGCCUCGGUUUAAAAAUUUUAAACCUUUCUCUUUGUUUUUAAUCUUUAUUCCCUUUACCUUGUUCCUCCUCUCAUUUUGGUGUUUUCUUCGCCAAUAUUUUUGGCGGCUAGGGUUUCGACUCUUCGCUCAUUCAGACAUUAACCAUACUGUGUAUAUAUACAGAGAGACUCAUAUAUAUAGAUACACUCGUUGAUAGAUUCAUCCAGAAGUUUUGAUCGAAGUUUUUGUUCGAGAUUCAAUUCAAAGUCGUGAUUUUUCACCAUUGGGUUUGCUUUGAUUCUUUGUUUUGGGCCGAAAUUUCCAUCUGGGCAAAGGGCAGACCCUCCUGGUUUUUAAGCUUUCAACGUCUGAUCAGUCUCUCAAGAGUUGGUUGAGGAAUUGACUACCAACAGAAUGAGUUACUCUGAUUCUCAGCCUCAUUUCCCACAGCAGUCAUAUCAAUCAGGCAGUGAUGCAAUUGGUAUCUGGCCUCAAUUCUCAAUGAGCAGCAAUGAACAAUUCGACCCAUCUUCGCCGUUUGAACAAUUGCAACCCCACCAGCCUCCUUACAAACGGGCCAAGAGUUCUUCAGAUGAUGACAAUGGGCAGCCUGUGAGCUCACGGAUGCAGAUGCCACCACCGAGCAACAUCCCUAUCAACCGAGGAACGACCAACAUCUUUUUCAAGACUAGAAUGUGUGCUAAGUUCAAAACUGGGACUUGUAGGAACGGCGAGAACUGCAAUUUUGCUCAUGGUAUGCAGGAUUUGAGGCAGCCUCCGCCCAAUUGGCAAGAGCUUGUUGGGGUUAGUGGUGGUAGUGGUAGUGGUGGUGGGCGAGUUGAAGAGGAUAAUAGUAGGCAGCCACCGGUGGUGAAUUGGGAGGAUGACCAGAGGAUAAUUCAUAAGAUGAAGUUGUGUAAGAAGUUUUGUAAUGGGGAGGAAUGUCCAUAUGGGGACAGGUGCAAUUUUCUGCACGAGGAUCCUGCGAAGUUUAGGAGCGAUGCUGGAGGAAGGUUUAGGGAGAGUGCUGCAAUAAGCAUUGGGACUACUGGGAUGCCUAUGAUGAAUGGAAGUGGUGGUGGUUAUGCUUUGCCUGAAGCCAUUAGGCCUGCUCAGAAUGCUGCUGCUGCUGGUUCAGAUGCGCUUAGGGCCAUGAUGUUGAAGCCUGUGUACUGGAAGACGAAACUGUGCUCUAAAUUUGAGAUCACAGGUCAUUGCCCCUUUGGUGAGAAAUGCCACUUUGCUCAUGGACUACCAGAGUUACAAGCUCAUGGUGGACGGCUAGAUGGGGAACCAGUGAUUCAGGGCUCCAUUUUAACGAGGCAAUCGUCUGUUCUUGGCAACGGCAAUCCAUCCCCAAGCAUUGUAGCAAACAUGGCUAACUCCGUUGAAGACUCACAGGGUAGGAAGAAGUGCCUGCUCAAGUGGAAAGACCCAAAGAAACUGAACAAUAUUUAUGGUGACUGGCUUGAUGAUCAGCCCUUAAUACUGAACUUGACAAACGUGGAGAGCUGAGAGAGCUUUUUGAUCUGAUUUGCUUGCUUGCCUGCAAUUUUGGAAGAUUUUGAUGCAGUAUCAUACUUGAGGUUCUUUCUACCAAUGGCCAUUAGGGAAGAGUUGUUUCUUUGUUUGUUCCGGCUAGAUUAGAACUUCUAUUUUCCUUUCCCUUCAAAUUGAAGUGAAAGGAGAAGAAAGAGGAAGAAGAAGGGAGAGGAAGAGGAAUUGCAUUGAUUCCUUUGUUUGUUUGUUUGUUUGUUCACUAGCUAUAUUUGUUUGAUGUUAUGCUGAUGCAGGAAUUUGCAGUCGGCCCCUUUUCAACGAAAGGGUUGAAAUAGGCUUUACCCUAUUUUUCUUGUUUGGUGUCUCUCAUUGUUUUUCACUUUUGACAUGUAGAAAGUGCAAAAACUGGCUAAUUUCUGGGCUGUAUAACUAGUUCUUAUUAGUGAAAUUGGUCUUGUGAUGACAUUGCGGAAUGUAUAC